AUGGACACUCUUAUAAUGGUAUCGAUCAUGACCCUAGUGCUCUUUGUUAGCUCUGAAUCCGCACGAGCCGCCACUCUGAUUGUAUCCAACCAGAUGCAGAGACGUGCUAAUGUUUCCGUUUUUGUAACGUGCCAGGGCACAAGUCCUAGGAUCUCUGAAUCCAUACCUUUGGGUCAAGUCUCGUUGAUAAAGAUCCCACCCACUAGCGGACAAAAUGCGACUGAUGAUAUCUCACCCGUUGCUGGAGAAAAUGAUAAACCGGCGAGAUCUAGAGUGUCGCAGUGGGCAUUUUGCGUUGGAACAUUUGGGGGUGAAGCACAAUUCUCGCCCGCUGAGAGGAUGUACCGUUUGUACAAUUCAGACAAAGGUUCUACGGUGAGUAUAGUCGUUGCAAAAGAUGAUGGGUUUUACUGUUGGGACAAUGACAAGAAUUUUUGGUAUAGGUGUACUAUGAUCAUUUUCAUCUAA